CGUUUACCAAUCCCAUUUAUUUGACUGGUUGGGUCUAAGACGCCAUUUUAUAAUAAACUGAAAGAGCGAUAAAUGCAAUGUAUUCCAGCUGUUGUUUGUAGCGUGUUUAGAUUGUAGAAUUAAAAUCUAAACGUAAGAAAUAAUACGUAAUGGCGGAAUAUUUGGCAUCCAUAUUUGGUACUGAAAAAGACAAAGUAAAUUGUUCAUUUUAUUUUAAAAUUGGUGCUUGUCGUCACGGUGAUAGAUGUUCAAGAAUUCACAAUAAACCUACUUUCAGUCAAACAUGUUUGUUGCAAAACCUUUAUGUAAAUCCUCAAAAUUCUGCAAAAAGUGCAGAUGGCUCUCAUUUAGUGGCAAACGUAUCAGAUGAAGAAAUGCAAGAACACUACGAUAACUUUUUUGAAGAUGUGUUUGUAGAAUGUGAGGAUAAAUAUGGUGAAAUUGAAGAGAUGAAUGUUUGUGACAACCUUGGUGAUCAUUUAGUCGGUAAUGUGUACAUCAAAUUCCGAAGAGAGGAAGAUGCCGAAAGAGCAGUCAACGAUUUAAAUAAUAGAUGGUUUGGAGGAAGACCAGUUUACGCUGAACUUUCUCCUGUAACCGAUUUCAGAGAAGCUUGUUGUCGUCAAUAUGAAAUGGGCGAGUGUACGCGUUCAGGAUUUUGUAAUUUUAUGCACUUAAAACCUAUUUCACGUGAAUUGCGACGAUAUUUGUAUAGUCGCAAAAAAGGUGGCAAAGGCCGAUCAAGAUCUCGAUCCAGAUCACGUGGUAGAGAUAGAAAACGUAGAUCAAGAUCAAGGGAUAGAAGAUCAAGAUCGAAGGAUCGACGAAAGGGAAGAGAUGACAAAGGUAGAGAUGGUCGAUCUGGAAGAUAUUAAUAAACUUCAAAUCAACAAUAUUUGCAACAAUCUUGGAACGUUAUUCGCAUAAACAACAAAAACUACACAACUACAACUACUACAACAACAAGAACAACAAGAACAACAAGAACAACAAGAACAACAAAAUUAACUUAUUCCUCUAUUUCUUCUUCCUUUCUUUCCUUUUCCAAAAUUGGUCAUUUAGUCACACAUCGUAUUGUUACUUUCUAUUAUGAAUAAUAAUACUAAAUAAAUGUAUUAUUUAAUAAAUUUGUAAGACAAUAGAAAAGAAUAUAAUAAUGAAAAUAUUAAUAUUCGAUUGAUGCAUCAAAUGAUCAUUAUUGUUUAAACAAAUAAAUUAGAAAUAACAGUAUUAUUUUUAUAGACAAAAGUUGCUUUAAAUAAUAAUAUUAUUCAGUUAUUUUUGCCAAUAGAUUUUUGCCCUAAUAUCGAGUCUAUGUAUACAUAGUUAAUAAUAUACCGUUUAAAUAAAAAAUAAAAAAAAUCGACGACGAUUAAUUAUUCCUUUCAAUUAUUAUGCUUAUACUAUGAAACCAUUUAGUACAACUUUUGUUUAUUCGAACGAUUCUAAACAACAAAUUUAUGUGCAAGAUAUACAUAGCAAAGCCUAGGCUAAAAUAACGAAAUAUAUACAAAAUAUACUAAAGUUAAUAAAAGAAAA